AUUAUGCAUAGUCUCUUGAUAUGUAUUCUUUUCACAGCCGCCAUCAGUGCGGUGACGGUGGUCCCGUCUACUGACCGCGAAACGCAUGUUCGCCUUCAGACUUUGGAAGCCAAGCAGAUCACAGACCUUGCCGAGGCNCAACUAAUAUGGAUUGGAUCCACCAUGUUUCCUGGACGGGAUGCCUACGACUUCAGGACUGUGGAGUAUCGAGACGAGAUCAUGCUUUCCUUCAUCAUCUCAACGAAUGAAUUCUAUCCGGAGCAUCCGGAAGGAAUGGCCGUCCUAAUCAACAGUCAAUAUGAGCUUGUCAACAUGACUUUGCCAUUGUUCAACACACCGGAGUUCAAUAUCCAUGAGUACAAAAUCAUUGAUAAUGGUUCAUCUGUUCUGACCCUCUACACCAAACCAACACUGAUCAACGAGACAUGGAUCAUGGAUGAUGGAAUUGCCGAGAUAGAUCUGAGUACUGGUGCCACUCUCUUUCAUUGGAGCUCGCUGGAACAUGUUCCCCUGAAUGCAUCGAACUUCCAUCUGCCAAAGCCGGAAACUACAACAGAGAAACGAGGUUGGGACUGGUUCGGGAGAAGCCCUGAUAUCGACCACUCGAGCGGGUUCAACUUUUCGUGGCAACACGAUGCCAGAUUUAGACACGAGGACCAGGCAACAACCAUCAUCUCGUUCUUUGACAAUGCUGGAGUUGGCAUCAACGAGGAAAGCAAGACAACAGGAAACUGGAGUCGCGCAGUCGUUGUCGAACUCGAUACUUCAGUCAAACCAAUGACUACUCGUGUGCUUCACAGCUACGACAGACCAGACCAUGAAAUUUCAAUUGCCCGAGGAAACAUGCAGACACUUCCAAACGACAAUGUGUUCAUCGGAUGGGCUAGCCGUGGUCUUAUUAGUGAGCUCACACAAAAUGGCUCUCCAGUCAUGCAAGCUGAAUUCCAGGACGGCAAAAUGAGCACCUACCGCUCAUACAAGUUCAACUUUACUGGACGACCACACUUGCCUCCUGUGACAAAGUCCAUCGUAUCAGGCUCCUCACCCAAGUCUGCAAACACUUUCCACUAUUUUAGCUGGAAUGGAGCUACAGAUGUCUACUCUUGGAAUCUCUACGGAGCUUCAUCAAACUCUUCUAGUAGCUUUUCGCUGCUCGCGAAUGUGGAAAAGACAGAUUUUGAGACAAUGUACAUGACAAAAGGAUAUACUGCAUUCGUAAAUCCCUUGGAGCUGGAUGGGAACNUUUUGCACGGCGAAUGGUGUCUGUGA